AAAAAAAUGUCAGCAACUAAUUCAUCAUCAUCUAAUGGUAAAACAAUGAUCUUGUUGAGAGGAAUUUCUGGAAGUGGAAAGAGUACUCUUGCAUCAGAAAUUAUGAAAAAUCACGGAAUUGAUUAUACAACAGGAUAUAAAGAUCAUAUCUUUUCCACUGAUGAUUAUUUUGUGGAUCCACAGACUGGAAAUUAUAAUUUUGAUGCUACACAACUUGGAAAGGCCCAUCAAUGGAAUCAGAAAAGAGCUUCCGAUGCCAUGAAGAAUGGAACCACUCCUAUAAUAAUCGAUAAUACCAAUACACAAAAGUGGGAAGCUAAACCAUAUGUUGUAGCUGCAAAGGCCAAUUCUUAUGUGGUAGAAAUUACAGAACCAACUACUCCUUGGGCUAAGAAUGCACAAGAAUUAGCAAAGAGAAAUAAGCAUGGUGUACCACUCGUUGCUAUUGAAAGAAUGUUAGAAAGAUGGGAAAUUGAUUUUACUGUUGAAAAGAUUUUAGCAUCUCAACCACCAAAGAGAAAAUAG